GCGAAAGGUCCGUGAUUGCUAAGAUGUUGAAAUCUAUCAUAAUUGCAAAUAUCACAUACACUUGUUACACGUUUAGAAACAAAAACAAAACCAAAAAAAUGCACUUGACACGUACAAUAUAUGACGGAACAGAUCAACUACAACGAAAUACUCGUGCACGAUGAGCACGACCGCCCGAUGUACUCAAAGUCUAUCCUAUCUCAGUCCAUACCGUCAUUGCUCAUUUCUUUGAUAGGAUUCACGAUUGCUGGGAUAUACCUGGAGGAGGCCAACGGAACGAAGCUGUUCCUUGUGUACCCGCUGCUUUUAGUUGCCACGUGCAUCCUAAGCUUCAAGGGAAACAUUGAGCUCAUUUUUGCCAUGCACCUAUCUUCUAUCAGCAAUGUUUACAGCCCGGUCAUAGAAUACGCAAGGUUUGCGAUCGAUAACGCGUGCAUGGUAGUUGUCCAGUCGAUAAUCAUUGGACUGAGCGUUGGUCUGGUGGGCAUGUCCGUGGUCAUAAUCAGAUUUGAAAACGCCUUUCGCUACGCUGUAAUAACGCUGUGCUCCUGCCUGGUAAGCUGUCUUGUUAGCACGUUGGUCGUGCUGCUCAUUCUGCUUGCUGCCGUGUUGCUGUUCCAGAAUCUUCAGAUCAACCCCGACAAUGUUGUUCUGCCAUCGAUAGCAGCAUUUUCCGACUACUUCACGGUUCUAUCACUCAUAUUCUUUUUCAAACUGUUUCACCAAAUGCAGUCGGUCACGAUAUGCGCCACGACCAUAUUUCUAAUCCUGUUUGUGGUGCCCUUCAUAAUACAGGUAUCACGGAGAUCACCAGCCAUCCUGCCCAUACAAUCACUCACUCUCCUCAUAAUUACGUUCGUUCUAUCGAGCAUCAGCGGCAUGUUGAUAGAGUACUUCUCGAUAAUGUACCCGUUCCUAGCCUCCUCUGCACCCGUGUUCUGCGGUCUGACAGGCUCAACCUCAUUUAUUUAUCUGAAUAGAAAGCUUACAUCGCUGUACACAAAGCAACCGCACAACAAAAAGGCAUCGCUGUUUUCCCUCCUGAUCAUUUCGUUGGCAAUGUCUCUCACCUACAUAAUCAUAUCGAACACGCUGUUUGAAAAGCUACCCAACAUGUUUUCGUUCCUGUUCAUUAUCUGUUUUCUUGUUGAUGUUCUUUUGCUUAUCGAGCUGGUAGAUUGCAUCCUGAGCCGAUUUCAACGAAGCGUAGAAAUGGCAGGUGUUGUUGCCCUGCCGCUGAUUACGAGCACGGCAGAUUUUUUCGGUUCCUUUUUUCUUGUGGCAAUAGUGCUGCUCAUGUCAUUCGUAAACAAAUAAUUUUGUGCUGGAGGAGAUACCUGAAAUGGAAUUGGCUGGACAUUGUGGAAUAUUAAAAUAUACCUACCCAUAAGUAGAACAUGUUGGUCAUCUG